AAUUAGAACUUUGUGGCAGUGCAUUGUGGGCAGUCGCAGUCCUACAGCCUGUUUCUUACUGUCCUUAAAGUGUUCGUAUUUAUGUUUCUUUAGUGUUCAUCUCUGUAUAUAAGAUGAUCGAAUCUUCCAUAGUCAACACAAUGACUUGCUUUCAUCUUUUGAGUCAGAAUUGGCAAACACAGUGAAGCACAGAGUAGCUGAUACAGAACAGGCCAGCAGUGUGGAAAGUGUACAUAUAUUGGAAAUGGCCAACACAGAUGCAGAACCUCACCCUCUGGAUCAAGCAAAAAAGAGGCCAUCACUGAACUGCAGUUCAGAGGAGAGCCGAGAGGAUAAGAAGCUACAGCGUGAGAGAAAGAGUCUGGAGGACUUCAACCUCCUCUGUGUACUUGGAAGGGGUACAUACGGGAAGGUGAUUUUGACUGAGCUCAAAGGCACAGAUGAGGUGUAUGCGCUGAAGAUCAUAAAGAAGGAAACGAUUAAGAAAUUUAAUAUGAUCAAGUACACCCUUCUGGAGAGGCGCAUCUUGAUUCUGGCCAGUGAACACCCCUACCUGACCCACCUGUUCUGCAGCUUCCAGACCAACAAUUCAUUGUGCUUCGCUAUGGAAUAUUUGAAUGGAGGAGAUCUUGCAUUCCACAUGAUGUUGCGACAUGGAUUUGAUGAACGUCGCACCCAAUUUUAUGCUGCUGAGAUCGCCUGUGCCCUCAUGUUCCUCCACCAAAACGGUAUUAUUCACAGAGAUCUCAAGCCCGAAAACAUCCUCUUAGAUGCCGAUGGCCACUGCAAGAUUGCAGACUUUGGCAUAUGCAUGGAUGGCAUAGUGGAUGGAAACAUGGCCAAAACGUUUUGUGGCACACCCAACUACAAGUCACCAGAGAUGAUCCAGGAUUUGGAAUACGGCACUUCGGUGGAUUGGUGGGCCCUGGGUGUGAUCAUAUACGAAAUGCUGACGGGCUGCGAACCGUUUCAUGAUGACAACCGGGAGAAGUUGUACAAGUCCAUCGUCUUUGCUGAACCAUAUUACCCAUCAUUCCUCAGCAUAAAGGCGGUCAGUGUCAUAAAAGCCUUCCUGGAAAAGAACCCAGAGAAUCGUCUCGGCUGUGUGAAGUUGCAAGGCAAAGAGAAGGCCAUCAAAGUUCACCCUUUCUUUGAAAAUACCAACUGGGUCCUGCUGGAACAGAGGAAGAUCCCACCCCCUUUUCAGCCACGGAUUACAUCAAAGAGAGACAUCUGUAAUUUUGAAAAAGAAUUCACCUCUGAGGAUCCCAAGCUUUCUCAUGGGGAAUUUCCCAUCAUCAACCAGUCCAGCCAAGAGCAGUUUAAAGGCUUCUCUUUCAUUAACACCAAAGUGAAAUGAUGUUAUUAUAAUGUUAUUAUAUUAAUAGUGUUAUUAUAAUGUUACUUUUUUUUAUCAAUUUAAUUGUUCCUGUGUUUUGUAAACAAAAUUUACAUUGAAAUUGUAAAUUAAUUUUUUUUUAUCAAUUUAAUUGU